CGUUCUCUUUCUAAUUGCCUAUAAUUAUUUUCACCAGCACAUGGGCGACGAAGAGCCAUCAAAUAGGCGUGGGGGCUCCGUCAUAGACCAGGAAGAUACUCUGCUACAACCCUCGCUGGGAACUCGAUCAAAAGGAGAGAGUAAUCCAAAGGACACCGGCUCACCAGGAAUUAAGAAUAAGAGCACUGCUGCCCUUGCUCUACUGCGUCUUCGACAAGGUGAAACGAAAAAGCCAGAGCCAGACGCAUCGAAAAAGUUUGUAUAUGGUAUCUCAACCACUUCGGCCGACCAGGUGAAGUCAACGCUAACCCUGCAUCUCAAGCCGAUUGCACCAAUGGAAUCAAGUGAGGACUCUUUGGUAUCUCGCACUCAACAGCCCAAGUUCGGCCACUUCCGUAAGCAACGAUGCAAGCAAGCAUGCGAGUAUUGCCACAUAGCGCGGACACGCUGUGACGGUGGGAAUCCUUGCGAAAACUGUUUGAAGCUGAAAAUUACAUGCAAGCGACGAGCCAAAAAGAAGCGCGGCCCCAAACCGAAAUCUGUUGUCGAGUCCUCGACAGCAAAUCCUACUAUCGCCAGGACUCCCUCUGCAGCAGAUAUUGCUAACUUGGUUAUCUCUGAUGAUGCAGUUAGAGCAAAUACAUCGCGUACUAGCCCCCAAGAUCCAUCAGAAAAGCGCCGCUCGGCUUCUCCUAAAGACAAGAAAUAAC